AUCCUCCAUUCAAAACUCGCGCCCUCUAGAUCAUCAAGCAAGAAGCAACAGUGUUCAAUGUGAUAGUGGUGAGCGGUGUAGCGUGGAUGUGUGCGUCCAUCAAUCUUUCGCAGCUACGCCUUUCCGUGAGGCGGCUGGAGCAGGAAAUCGCCGAGCCGUGCUGCAGAGAGGAAAGGAUGGCAGGUGGUGCCGCGGUGAACACUCCCAACACAUGCAGGAGGAAAGAAAGGAUGGCAGGUGGUGCCGCGGUGAACACUCCCAACAUAUGCAGGAGGAAAAUCUGCAGCCAAACAAAUCUUACAAAGUGAGAGUCCUGUUGGCUACCAGUGCUGGCUACCCAGAACACAUGAUUCGGCUGCCCUGGUACACCGUCAGGAUGCCACGCAGCAGCUCUGACUUGCCACGGGAUAAUGUCUUCCUCAUCGUUCAUCUCUCCACUUGCAGCCAGAGGCCCACCGAGGUCUUGGUAAAUUGGACGCUGGACGCCUCACUGCAGAAGGAUCUUGCCAAUUAUCAUGUGUUGUAUAACACCUCCACCUCUGUCUGGCAAAAAGAACUCCCAACGACCGAAACUUCCCUAACACUCACAGAUCUAGUUCCGAGAACGUGUUACGGCGUGAAGGUCCGAGCCACCUACAGCACCGGGCGAAACAGCACCGAGUCUUACCUGAAGACCAUCUGCACACUGCCACAGCCUCCCCACAUCCUCUCCCAACACUCCAACACCAACAGGAUCAAAGUGAACAAGCUCAGGACCAAGGUGCUGAACACUACCAGCAUGCGCAUCACCUGGAAACACACGCCGCGGAAGAUCCAGGUCGACUUCUACACCAUUAGGGUCGAGAACGUUGAAUCAGACCCGAACAGCCAAACGGAAACACCCGAAGACAAGCGGAGUGAGGUGAAGGGGACGCAUUUGGAGGCCGCGGGAAGAGGUCCUCGCAGCCCACAGCCGACGAAAUACGAAGAUUCCCGAGACACGGCUAAUAUAAAAGACCAUGAGGUCAAGCUGUACCGAGUCACCAACCGGAAGCUGACGGUGACGAGCCUGAAGCAGGACCACAACUACAAGGUCACCGUCACGGCCUCCACCACCACCCUCACAGGUCACUCCGCCACCACCUACGUCACUCCAGAUGAAGGAGUUCCCACGGCGCCGCUGAACGUGACGUGGGUUCCUGCAAGCCCGAAAGAUGCCGUUCUCACCUGGAGCCCUCCACGCCUCAUCAACGGCCGUUUAGUGCACUACCUGGUGAAAUUUUCUCACGAUCAGUGUAUCAUUAAAAUGAUAUGUUAAC